UAAGCACGUUCAGACAGGAGGCGGAGCUUCAGAGAAGGAGAUCGUAGUGGAAACAGACAGACACAGAGAUGCGAGUACAUGGGUUCGUCCAAAUCUCGUUCACACCAGGGAUUCGGGCAGCAGCUCUCGUCCUGUUCCAAGGCUGUGGUUCGGAGAGAAGGACGAGCAGAGAACAGAAGAGAAGGAACAAAUCCGCUGGUCUCCGGUGACGUGUUUCCUCCAGCAGCAAAGCACAGCCGAAGAAAAACAAGCGACUUGACAUCCAAAGGAUUCCACAGGCCAACAUCUGAACGGCACAUGUACAAUACUGAUACACGGAGGGAUGAGUUUUUUUGUCUUGUUUUUGUGCUUCAUCAAUGGAUUCACCUGUUAGCACAGCCCUUCGGGGCAGCAGUGGCAGCAACUACACAGCCGACUCCCCAGGUCCAAGCUUCAUCAACCAGUUGGGCACUGUCUCACCUGUUGUGCCAAGGGUUGUUUCCAUAGUGACCAGCCUAGUGACUGCCACCACAGAGGCUACAGUGCAAACCACCGGAAACCUAUCAGCAUUCAAAGACCAAAGAGGGAGUGAAUUCAGUCAAAUCCAUCAGGCGUCCACCCCAUCGGUGCUGAGCACCGCUGAAAGUAACUCUGUUCUGCAUGGAAUCACAGUGGCAACUCAGGCCCUGGUACUCCUCUCCAUCUUCCUCCUGUCCAGUCUUGGUAACUCGGCAGUUGUCAUUGUUAUCAUCAAACACAGACAGCUCAGAACGGUGACCAAUGCCUUCAUUAUGUCGCUGUCGCUAUCAGACUUCCUCACUGCUGUUUUAUGUCUGCCAUUCUCCUUUGCCAUGCUCUUCAGUCAGGAUGGCAUCUGGAUAUUUGGGGAUCGUUUCUGUGUUGCCAAUGGUUUUUUCAACACAUGCUUUGGUAUUAUUUCCAUCCUGACUAUGACUUUGAUCUCCUUUGACCGGUACUAUGCCAUUGUCAGACAGCCGCAGGCUAAAAUAGGGCGCCAGAAAGCAACUCAGUUGUUGAUAGCUGUAUGGUUAAUUGCAGUCAUUUUCUCACUUCCUUGGUAUCUGUUAGUCCGAACACCUACGGAAUUCCACAAGCGAGGUUUCUACCACUGCAUGUAUGUGUUCCACUCUGGUACGUCGCGCAUGGGAACAGCUUAUAGCAUCUGUCUCAUUGUUAUAUGUUAUUUACUGCCCUUUUCCCUGAUGUGUUUUUGCCAUUACAACAUCUGUAAGACUGUUCGGCUCUCUGAAAUACGAGUCAGGCCAGUGACCACAUAUGCUUACUUAUUGCGAUUUUACAGUGAAAUGCGAACAGCCACCACAGUUCUGAUAAUGAUUGUUUUCAUUAUUUGCUGGGGGCCAUAUUGUUUAAUGGGAUUGGUUACAGCAAUAGGGGACUAUACAUUCAACCCUGCAAUGGACACUGUGGCUAUCUGGUUAGCCUGGGCAAACGGAGCUAUCAACCCUCUGAUCUAUGCUCUGAGGAACCCCAAUAUAGCCAUGUUACUGGGGCGCAGCAGGGAAGAAGGCUAUCGGACCAGAAAUAUUGCUGCGUACCUCUCCAGUCAAACCCAGAACCGUGAGAUUCGCCUUAACCAAGCAGACAGAAUCAGGGACCGCUAUGUGAGUCGAGUUGGGGUGAAUAAUAGCAGUCGACUGUCAAGUUCAAGCCCCGGAAAAGCAGGAGGGGGAGGAGAGGUGGCAAUGUGGGCUUGUAAAAAUCCUGCUGUGUUCUUCUGCAGGGACGCCCAGCAUGACAAUGUAACACUACCCAACUCUGUCAGCGCUGCAAAGAUGAGGACGGCUGACACCAGCCUGUGAGAUUCUAUAUUCUUGACCACCUAAUGAUUGUUUUUGUCUCAUCUGUGUUAGUGGUGUGAAUCGAGAUUGUGAAAAUACCUAGUAGUGCUUAUUUCUCCUUAGUUCAUAGACUCUCAGAAUGUUUAUGAUAGCAGAUUUUAUUUCAGGAAUUAGGCAGGUCCUUUGAGUUGUUGAUAUUAAUUCAUGUUAAAUUGCAGAACUAUUUGGAUAUAUGAGAAUUCACAAGUUAUCACAAUAAAUAUUUUAUUUAAACACCUUUGUACAACAGUUACAGACAGAUAAAUUACAUUUCUUCCUGAUUUUGGAAGACACCUUUCAAUCCAUGGGACAGUUUGAAGAAUCCCUGGAACUCCAUCAGCAAUAUAGAAGCAGUGGGCAGAACAUUUAUGUAGGAAAUGGAGCUUUUUCUUGUGCUAGAAAGUCUUUUGUCAGAUAUUAUUUCACACAAACACAGCAUAUGUGAAGAACUAAUAAAAAUGAUGUUUCCGUAAUCCUACAUGUGCCAUUCUUAAAGCAUAUAUGUAAAGUCCAUAUCAUUUUCACAAUCCUCGCUAGAAAAGUGCAUCUAUUGGUAAAAUGCUUCAAACUAUCUAAUGUUACAUUUACCUAUCCCAAUAUCAGUCUAGUCAUUAUUCUGUGUUCAUGAGAAUAAUGACUAACUAAACUAAUGACCUCUCAAGUGAGACUAAUGACAUCAGAAAACAAAGAAAAACUAUAAGAUACAACACGUGAUGUAGUUUAGACCAGGAAGUGGCACAAAGAAUUCAUGGUGCAAAAAAAGGUGAUGUUAUACAACCCCUGGCAAAAAUUAUGGAAUCACCAGUCUUGGAGGAUGUCCAUUCAGUUGUUUAAUUUUGUAGAAUAAAGCAGAUCACAAACUUGCCACAAAACUGAAGUCAUUUAAAAUGGCAACUUUCUAGCUUUAAGAAACACCAGAAGAAAUCGAGGGAAAAAAACGUGGUAGUCAAUAACUAUUGUUUUUUUUAGAGCAAGCAGAAAAUCUACAAAGUGUGGUGUCCUUUUCUGGAUUUCUUUGAGAGACCCUCGACUACUGUCACCGAGUAGCUGAGUAGCCCCCCCCCCCACCCCCACUCCGGCCUUUUUUUAUUGUUUUUUUAAUUGUUUUUGAUUUAUUUGAUUAAUUUUUGUUAUUUCUGCUUCUUAUUUUUCUGCUGUAUUUUUGCAUUUUGUAUUAUUAUUAUCAUUAUUAUUUAUUUUUGGUGUUGUUGUUAUUGGUAGCAGACCGCCUACUACCUGUUUACGUUUAUAGGGGAAAAAAUGGAAAAAUUUGGAAACUGUUUGUAUAAUUUGUACUGUUCAUUAUAGUGUUACUUUGAUUAAUAAAAGUACCUUGGAAAGAA